UGUGAAAUUUAAUGAAUGUGCUACGAUUUUAAUAAAUUUCGCUCAACUAUUUGAUACAUAUCGGGCAGUGUUACCAAGCGUAAUUAAUUUUGACCAUGGCGCAGACGUAUAAUCCAUAAUUUCUAUGCAACUGGCUUGGUGGUUUUCCACGUCUAUGACAUCAUAAUCAAUUCCAGGUGACCAUAGGUUGUUGAAAAUAUUGCAAAAUUGGACAAACCCUUUGCGACUUUGUACGACAUAGAGAGGUCGUACCCACAAACAGUAUUCGGAAGGAAAGCACCAUCAGCGAAGAUGGUACUACUUCCAGUACCACGCAACCUCAAAGAAAUAACUCAGAUAUUUCUGGUGAGGAACAAACUGUGCAAGAAGCUAAAAUCCAAAAACCGGGACAGUGUGCUUCUAAUAAAACUGCCUCCCCAAGGAAAAUCGUCAGUCCGACUUCUAGAUUAAGGGGCACUGCACAGAGAAGCAGAUAUCGUCGAAAGCAAGAGUCGGCUCCUGUACACAAUAGCAGCACCAACAUUAGCACCAACAGCAACAGCAACAGCAACGCCAAUAUUAGCACUCAGCUUCAGUUACAUCAAACAGCAGCACCAGCAGCAUUGGAACCGAAAUCCGCCUCGCCCGCAUCACAUAGUAAAACUAACGUUUGGAGCCGUUUACUGCGUCAGUUCUCAGGUAGCACUCUAACUGGAAGAUCGGUUGGUAGCAACAAUAGCUCGAGGGGACAAAUCAACGUUGACGAGGCAACCAUUAUUAACUCUGAUAAGGGUGAGGAGUCCGUGACAGUUAGCGUUGUGGGAGUUUCCCGGGAGGCAAAGGAUACUGCCGUUGCGGAACAUAAUGAGGAAACAAUGGAUGGUGAAUCCCAGCCAUCAGAUGCAGCCAAUAGCCCAAGUUGUCAAAAGGCUCCUGUAGUGUCCGCGGAUAACAGCAAAGACAAAGACAUGCCAGCCAAGGCUGUUGUGUCCCCGUCCCCCGCUGCUGAUGCCAAGCCGAAAAAGAUGGAAGGCCGUAAAUCGUCAUCUGACACAGGCAUAGAGCCGGGGCUGAAGCAUCAGCUGACGGGCAGUGGCCCGCAAUCGAUGACUGGCCCACUCCCUUUCAAGGCGCCCCACGGCAAAGGAAAUAAAACGGGCAAGGGAGCGGACAACUUUGUGCAGACAAUACGUUUUGUGCGUAAAAAUGUGGAGCAAUCCAACAGAAAUGCGAAUCCGUUGCAGUUUGAGGAGCUGGAAACGGAAUUCCCUCGUGAUUACGAUGACAACAUUGAGAUGUUGUCGCGGGAGGCGGAGCAUUUGGAGGAGCAAUUCCGUACGCCUACCCGUUCAAAUACCACAGAUGCGAGUAAUCAUCAAGUGGCUGGCAUUAUUGACAACAUUAUUACCGAGGCGUCCCGCAGCGUGAAAACCGAAAAGACUCAAGUUGAAGUGCCAUCGAAACCUGCCAAUAAACAGACAGCUGGUGGGAAGCGCGUAGGCUUCCAUGUUGAGGAGAAGCGCGAUGGCGAGUUGUUGCACGAUGAAGCAAAGGUUGAGGACUUGUCCAAGCAGUCGGAACAAGGAGAAGGCAUUUCUGGAGACACCACCGUUUCUGGUACAGAAACAUCGGUGUCCCAGCAACCAUCAUCAGCACACGCCGCAUCGGCUACCUCAUCAGUCACAUCUCUGACAAGGGAGCGCAAGAGUGAUGAGGAUGACGAUCCUGUUGCGAUGUCGCCAUGUGGACGCUUCUUCAAAUACGAUAAAGAAGUCGGUCGUGGUUCCUUUAAAACUGUCUAUCGCGGCCUGGACACUCUAACCGGAGUGCCGGUUGCCUGGUGCGAAUUGUUGGAUAAACAAGUGAAGAAGAGUGAACGCACUAGAUUCCGGGAAGAAGCGGAUAUGUUAAAGAAAUUGCAGCAUCCAAACAUUGUGCGAUUUUAUACAUAUUGGGAAUUUCCAGUUGGUCGGAAGAAAAACAUAGUACUAGUCACCGAGCUAAUGUUAUCUGGUACUUUAAAGUCGUAUUUAAAACGAUUCAAAAAAAUACACCCAAAGGUAUUGAAGUCAUGGUGUCGUCAGAUCCUAAAAGGUCUCAACUUCCUGCAUACUCGUCAAUUUCCUAUAAUUCAUCGUGAUUUGAAAUGUGAUAAUAUUUUUAUAACUGGCACCACUGGUAGUGUUAAAAUCGGUGACUUGGGACUGGCAACUUUAAAGAAUCGGUCCCAUGCUAAAUCUGUGAUUGGUACACCUGAAUUUAUGGCACCCGAGAUGUACGAGGAGCACUAUGAUGAAUCGGUUGAUGUCUACGCCUUUGGCAUGUGCAUGUUGGAGAUGGCCAUAUCCGAAUAUCCGUACAGCGAAUGCAAAGGCCCCGCCCAGAUAUACAAGAAGGUGAUAUCCGGUAUCAAACCAGCCGCACUCUCGAAAGUCGAAGAUCCCAAUGUGCGUGACAUCAUAGAGCGAUGCAUUGAGCUGAAAAAGGAGGAUCGGCCCAGAUGCAACGAGCUGCUGGAGUCCGAGUUCUUUGAUGAGGAUAUUGGCAUACGUGUGGAGCCCACCGCCUCAGAGCAGUUCCUCUCAGAUCCUAGCAUAAACAUCAUUGAGUUUCGUCUGCGAUUCAUGGAUCCAAAGAAGCGUUCUUCUCGACACAAAGAGAACGAAGCCAUUCAGUUUGAAUACAACAUUCUGCACGAUGAGUACGAGCAAAUUGCCCAGGACAUGAUGAAGGAGAACAUCAUAUCGGAAGACGACUCGCGUGCAGUGGCUCGCCUCCUGAAAGUGCAAGUAGUUUCGCUGCUUAAAGAGCGUGCUCAGCGCCAAACACAAAUCAAGCUACAGAACGAAAAGUCAAGACUGGAGAAACUGGCAUUGCAAAAGCUCCGCGAAAGCUUGCCAACCAACGUCGAGGAGGAGGACGACGAGGAUGAUGAGUCUGAGGACGAAGAGGAUGGCGUUAAAUGGAAUCAGCGACUCAAGCUCGAAAUGCUAAAUACAGACUCAGAGACUAGCUUGGUCACCUCCACAAACAGUACCGAUCCACAGAAUCUACUCACAAGAUCGACCACUUCUAUUCAAAAUGGCGGAAAUCAAAUACAGCAACAGCAGCAGCAGCAGUUGCCACAGUCAAUGCCAGGGCAACAGAAGGUGAUCGCAUCUCCAGCCAUAGCGCAGGUGCAGCAACACUCAACGACAGUUCACUACAUACAGAACCCUCAGAUGGCUUCAUAUCAGAAUGCGACCAACGCCAUGCAGGACAUUGCGAACGGCCAUGGCCAGGUCAUAUCACCGACAGGCAACCAACAGCAGCAGCAACAACAACAGCAACAGCAAGCAGCUCAGCAGCCAGUGGUGCAAUUGCAAGCCCCGCAACAGUCUGCACCGCCAGCACAAAUGCUACCACAGCAAGUGCAGGUGCAACCAGUUGCAGUGGCCCACCCACAACAACAACAACAACAGCCUACCGCUGUUAUGCAGCAGCAGCAACAGCAACACCUGACCGAGCAGCAAAAGGUACAGCAAAUCCCAUUACAGCAACAACUGCAGCAACUUAUGCAAAAUAAUGUACCAGCAACUGAUUUGGUGCAACAGCAGCAACAACAGCAAUACUAUCAACAGCAGCAGCAAGCACAGGCACAGGCAACACUUCCAAUGCAUCAAGUGCAAAUUUCACAACAACAACAGCCAUAUGCGAUGCAACAUCCUCAACAACAGCAGCAGCAAAUUCAGCAACAGCCAAUGCAGCAGCAGAUGCAACCACAACCAAUUCAGGCGCAACUACCAACAUCACAACAGCAAAUGCAACAAGCGAUGCCGCAGCAGCAUCAAUUGCCACAGCAACCCAUUCCAACUCAACCAAUACAACAGCAACAGCCCAUUCAACAACAGCCCAUACAACAACAGCAGCCCAUCCAGCAGCAACCUAUACAGCAACAGCCUAUUCAACAACAACCCAUACAGCAACAACCUAUGCAACAACAACCCAUUCAGCAGCAACCUAUGCAACAACAACCUAUGCCACAACAACCUAUGCAGCAGCAACCAAUGCAGCAACAACCCAUUCAACAGCCAACAGCAACACAGCAACAGAUUAUACAGCAACAUCACUUGCAGCAACUGCAUCAACAGCAGCAGCAGCAGCAACAACAACAGCAACAGUUCGUGCAGCAACAACAACAGUUCCUUCCAAAUGCAUUAUCGCAACCUCAUCAAAUUCCAAUUUCAACAAUGCAACCAGUUGUUGCUGGUGCUGCUCAAAUUAUGGGGCAACAGCAGCAGCCAACGGCCAUACUAAUGCAAGGACAGAUGCAAGUGCCGCCAGUCAUGCAUCAGCAACCUCUUCCGACCUCAUUUAAUCAGCCACAGGCAACUCCGCAACAGCAUCAGCAGCAGCCGCAGCAACAGCAGAUUGUUCAACCAGUUGUCAAUGUUGCUGAUGUUCAGCAACAGCAAGCUCAACAACUAGUUGCCCAAAUACAGCAGCAGCAGUUCCUACAAAAUCAGCAACAACAGCAGCAGCAGCAGCAGGCAUUACAGCAGCCAUUGCAGCAGCAACAGCAGCCAUUACAGCAACAGCAGCAGCCAUUACAGCAGCAGCAGCAACAGCAGCCAUUGCAGCAGCAGCAGCAGGCAUUACAGCAGCAACAGCAGCCAUUGCAGCAGCAACAGCAACCAUUACAACAUCAGAUACCUCUAGAACAGCAACUGCAACAGCUGUUGCAUAGUCAGCCACAAGCUCAAAUAGUACAUCAACCAGCACCACCACAGCAACAGCCACAGCAGCAACAACAACAACCGCAGCCUGAACAACAACCACAGCAACAGCAGCAGCUGGCAAAUAAACCGAUUACCCAGCAACCAGCACCUGCUGCACAGGAGCUGACACAGGUUGCUGCACCAACAAACUUUGAUGCUGCAACAGCAAAUGCGGAGCCUCAGCAAGCGGCAACAACUGCUGCAGAUGCCGACAAGCAACAAAAGCAGCAGCAGCAGGCGGCCGCUGGAGCACGUGUGCAAAAGCCGCGUCGCUCCAAUCGCAGUGGCAACGAACGCAUACCAAAGCUAAGUGUGACCAGCGUGGACGAAGGCAGCGUCAUCAAUUGCCACAUGGAGAACAAAUUGAAGACUAUAACAUUCAAAUUUGACAUAGGCGAUGUCAAUCCCGUUGAGAUUGCUAACAAACUGAUAGCACAAGACUUACUCUCGAAUUGCCAGAGCACCGUAUUCGUGGAAAUGAUAAACGAUAUUGUGGAGCAGGUUAAACAGAAUCCAAAUCAAAUUCCUAUACCAACCACUUAUCGCCGCAACAUUGAGAAGGUCCGUCACGCGUCUCUAACUCGACAGCGUUCCACAUUUAGAACACAUCAAAGACAUAGAUCUCGGGAUGAAACCGCGAGCGACAUCACAAAGAUGUUCGAGCCAUCGACCCAAAAUGCGGAGGUUGCACCCAGUGGAGCUGCCGAAGGAUCAAAUAUGGAACAAUCUGGAGCUGGUGAGACGAGACCACGUGAAGCUUCUGGCCAAAGUAAUAUGGAAGUGCCAGCAAAUACAGCCACGCCACCAACAACCACAUCGACCAUGUCCUCCUCCUCGACUGCUUCGCGCGAUGCGGGCAACAAUAGCAAUGAUGUGACAAUUGGCUCCGGUUCCGUCUCACGCAAGACCAGCACCGCCUCGGAGUACACAUCGCUGUCUAUCGACUACAUGCCGGACAAUGCCAUUACGCCAACAGGCAACGAGCCAUUUCAGCCACUGGAUGGUGGGCUGGAUAAGCCGAAUUCUGAGCAGAAGGCACGCAGCCUGGCCAUAAGCCGCGUCCAAAUGCUGUUGGAGUCAACGAGAAGUGAGGCGAAGCCGAGAAGCUUGAAUUUGCCAUUGAAUCGUCAGUUGAAGAUUGUGGAAGAUUUGAAGCACACCCGCAGUCUGGAUGACCUAAGCGAAGUGAACAUCACAUUUGAGAUGCCGCCCAGCAAGGCGGCCAAGCAGGCCAACGAGCUGAAUGCAGCCAAUUCGGACAAGUCUAAAGAGAGUGGCGUCCAACUGGGUGCAAUGCAGCCACCAGGUGCGGCCAACACGCUGGAACAGCUGAAAAUCGAACUCGAGAACAUAACACACGCGCAUGCCUUCGCCUCCGCCGUGGUGGCCUCCAUCAACAACAGACCCGGCACCUAUCAAGCCUCGCCGAACAUCGCCUCGAUGAAGGCGCUGUCCUCCGCCCAGCAGCAGGCCCAGGCCGAGACAGUGAUCAACAAAUCAAACAGCGUGGGAGGUGGCAGUUCGGCGGCCUCGUUUGGCCAGAAUACACCCACCGCAGCGCUGAACUCGGCUCGUGGCUCGUCCGUGUACAACUCUCGACGCACGUCCAUCGACAACAGCAUGGGCUCUGAUAUGCAGCUGCCGGCACCGAACCUCAAUGUUAACCAUGAAGUUGCUGCUGCAACUAGCACUGAGAGCACAGCGAACGCUGAAACCGGCGGUGAUAAGAAGUUGGCCAAACAGGAGAGUCUGGAUAAGCUAUCAAAUACACUGACCGCGACCAACGAUACGAGAAAUCCAAGUAAUGGAGCUCUCAAUCAGAGCUCCAUAGCGGAUCUAGAGAAAAAAUUGGCUGCAUUACGCAAUGCAGACAACACAGAGGAGUCUAAUGCUGCACCAGCUGUGCCAGCCACCAAGCCCGCAGAGGAACCUGCGGCUAGUGUGAACGCACGCAAGAUAUCCCGCUUUAGCGUUAGUCGCGUGCAGGAGCAAAAGACUUCGACAGAGGCAACGGAAGCUCUGCAGCAUCAGCUGAAGAUUGAUCUGCAGGUCGCGGGCCUAGCUGCUGGCCAGGGUCACAACUAUAACGCCAGUAACUCUGUGCAAAAUGGCACCGCUGUCAAUACGCCUACUGAGCUUAUUAGUUCGCCCAUUCAGAACGUUCCGAUGGCCAUAAAUGGCAUUCAGUUAAUAUAUCAACAGCAGAACGCACCAGCAGGCGUUGGUGUGGGCGUAUUGGUGCCUCAAGGAGGUCAAGUAGCUGCUGCGGCACAGCCAACAAAUCUGCAAAUGCAACAGCAACAGCAACAACAACAGCAGCAACAACAGAUGUAUUCAAAUGUCCCACAGCGUCAUCAGCAAAUGCCGCAAAUGGUGAACGCUGUGCAGCAGCAACAACAAAUUCCACUGCAGCAACAACAGCCUCAGCAGCAGGCACAGCAGCCAAGUCAGCUUUUGGCACAGCAACAGCAACCAAUACUACUGCAACAACAACAGCAGCAGCAAAAGCAGCAGGCUGCACAACAGUUUACGUUGCCAACAUCACAGCCACAGCAGCAACAGACACAUGCAGCACAGCAGUUUUUGCAGGCGCAAGCCAAUCAAAUGCAUCAGCUACCGCCGUUGGUAAUGACGAUGCCAAUGCAACAGCAUCAGCUGGCAGGGAUGCCGGGGGGCUUGCCAAAUCAAAUGUCUGCCUCGCAUCAGCUGCUACAGCAGCAACAGCAACAGCAGCAGACAUUGCAAAUGCAGUCGCAUUUGCAACAGCAGCCGCAGCAAGCUGUUACAUCCAUUUACAAUCAGCAACAGCAGCCAAAUUUCCAGGUGUCUGCUUCUGGUCAGCUGCUGCAACAGGCGCCGCUGGUAGGCCAGCCACAGCAGACAGCGCAACCAAUGCAGCAUGUGCUGCAGCCGUUAUUUAACCCAGCUGUUGCUGAAGUUGCAGAGGAGCCUGUGUCAUUGGCCGCCACUCAUCCUCACCUGUUGCCGAGCGAUAUUCAAUCUGACAUCAAACAUAAUCUAGACUCAUUGGUGAAUCAGUUGUGCAAUACGCGUUUGGGCACAAAUCAGCAUCAGCGACUGUUGCUGCUGCGGCAACGACAGCUGAUUGAGGAAGACGAGCUGCGUCUAAAGCACUAUGUGGAAUACGAAAAGUUUCAAAAGGCACUGCGCCAAUCUCUAAGCACAAACGCUCCAGCAACUACCGCGUAUUAUUCACCAGCUGCUGCACCGGUUCAAACCAAUUUGACAGCGCCAGCAGCAGCGGCACCGCCAACAGCAUCGUCAACUACUACACCCGCAAGCUCUUCACAAACAUAAAUAUGUAAAUCCAUUUUUUGAGUUGCCGUUGCCGUUCCUCGUAUUCAUGACAAGUCAAACAAAAAAAUUGCUGCCCAAUUGUUCGGCAACUGCUCUGAAUUCUGGCUUUCUGGAUUUCGAUUUUUGGAAAAUAUGGAUCUAGCGUUAGUUAUUAAGUGAAAAGUUGUCGAAUUAUGAGGGGAUUGUCUGUAAAUAUGUAGUCACACAGUUUUGAGUUGAUUUGCCAUUGUUUCGCUUAUUGUUUUACUUUUGUUUUUGAUUUUACCCUAGUUCCCAUUCUUUAUAUAUGCAAUGCUGUUUCCUCUCAUUUGUU